AUGAACGGACACCAAAGGAACCGAAAUGGCAAUUCAUACCACAAUACCAGAUAUGCUACCGUGUUCUUAGAAGAGGAUGCUAGCUUCGAGAAAAACCAGGGAUGGUUCGGAACUCGUCACCUGGUUACUUUUAUGCUUUUCCUGGGUAUGGCCAAUGCUUACAUCAUGAGAACCAACAUGUCAGUAGCCAUUGUAGCCAUGGUAAACCAUACAGCUGUUAGCAAUACACAUCACGACGAAGGUUUAUCUGUUGAUGACGAAUGUGGCCUUAUAACAAAUGAGAAUACUACCAUUUCCAAAAGUACCGAGCUGGAUGGUGAGUUCAUUUGGGAAACAGACAUUCAAGGCUACGUCCUCAGCUCGUUCUUCUAUGGCUACGUGCUGACCCAGAUACCCUUCGGGAUCCUGGCCAAACGCUAUGGAAACAUCUACUUCCUGGGCAUCGGAAUGUUGAUCAACUCCUUGUUCGGUUUGCUGGUGCCGAUAGCUGCGAAGAUGGGCAUUUGGUGGCUCAUCGCUGUCAGGUUUAUACAAGGACUUGGCGAGGGCCCUAUUGUCCCAUGCACACACUCGCUUCUGGCAAAAUGGAUUCCCCCUAAUGAGAGAAGUCGAAUGGGAGCGUUCGUUUAUGCAGGGGCCCAAUUUGGAACUGUGAUAUCAAUGCCUCUAAGUGGUCUACUUUCAGAAUGUAGAUAUGGCUGGCCUUCCAUAUUUUAUGUUUUCGGUUUCAUCGGAGCAGUAUGGUGUGUUUUCUUCCUAAUUUUGAUUCACGAAGACCCUCAGAGCAAUCAAAAAAUGAAAUCCGAAGAGAGAUUGUAUAUUCAAAAACAAUUAGGGAGUAAAAUUGGACUACCGGUACCACCAAUUCCAUGGGUGUCAAUUUUGAAAUCUCUGCCCUUUUAUGCAAUCCUUUUGGCUCACAUGGGUCACAAUUAUGGGUACGAAACUCUGAUGACUGAGCUGCCAACUUACAUGAAACAAAUCCAUCAUUUCAGUCUCAAGAGCAAUGGAAUUUUAUCUUCGCUUCCAUAUUUGGCCAUGUGGAUUUUCUCUAUUUUCAUCAGCCAUGUCGCCGACUUCAUGUUGACCAAACCUUACUUCACCCAUACAAGUGUGAGGAAGAUCAUCAAUGGUAUUGGUCAAUUUGGUCCAGCCAUUGCCUUGAUAGCAGUUUCAUAUACCGGAUGCGACAAAUGGUUAACGGUGGCCCUUCUAACAAUAGGAGUUGGUUUGAAUGGUGGCAUCUACUCUGGUUUCAAAGUCAACCACCUCGACAUAUCUCCACAAUAUGCGGGAAUCCUCAUGUCGUUCACUAACUGCAUGGCCAAUCUAGCUGGUCUGUUGGCACCAAUUUUUGCAGGAAAUGUUGUAGUCGGAACGCCAAGCAUUGCAAAGUGGAGGACAGUUUUCGUAACAGCGGCUUGUGUCUAUGCUGGUUGCUGCACCUUCUACGUCAUCUUCGGUUCUGGCAAGCGGCAAGUGUGGGACCAACCUCCAGAGGAACCAGAUACGAAGAAAAAGGAGAAUGAUGAACCCGAAAUGGUCACCACUUAUGCUUGA